UUAUUGGCAAACUCAUCAUCCUCAUUUGUUGAAAAGGUCACCUUAAAAGAAAGAAUACGAUACUUUUUUAUUUUUUUAAUUCACAACAUUAAAACCAGUACCCCAUUAACUUGGUUAAAACUAUUUUUCGUAGCUUGUAUUAUAACUGGUGUAUUUUUAGCAAUUUUCAAAUUUAAAGUUCAAAAUCAUCUCGACGUUUUACAAAAAUUUGUUCAGAAAUUUGGUGUACCUUUGGGUGGUUUAGUUUAUGUUGGUGCCUUUAUGUUAUUAAUUGUAUUUUUAGUACCAGUAACAAUUCCAACAAUCGUUGGUGGUAUGAUUUUUAAAUUAUGGUUUGGUAUUUUAUUUGUCUGGGUAGCAUCUAUGCUUGGUGGUAUUUUAGCAUUUUUCCUUGGUAGAUAUGUAUUUAGAAAAAAUAUUGCUAAAAAGAUUGAAAAAAACAAGAAGUUGAACGCAAUCGAUCAGGCGAUUGGUCAAGAGGGUUGGAAGAUUGUAUUACUUUUACGUUUAACACCUAUUGUACCAGAAUCAUUAUUAAAUUAUGCUCUCUCUGUUACUCGUGUUAAAUUUAUUCACUAUAUAAUUUGUAGUGGUAUAGGCUUAUUACCAGGUUGCUCAUUCUUUGUUUAUAUUGGCAGUGCUUUGACAAGUAUCUCUGAAAUCGGUAAUGAAGGUAGCCAUCUUCGUGGUGGUCAAAUUGCAAUGUAUGUGGUAUCUGCUGUACUCAUGGUAGUUAGUAUCCUUUUCAUUACAAUUAUCGUUAAAAGAGCUGUAAAUAAGAAAUUAGAAGGUGAAGAAUCAAAAGGUAUUUUGGAUGAAGAAGAAAGCCUAAUGAAUGAAAGAGAAGAUAUUUUAGAAGAAAACUUAUAA